CUCCGUACGGCUAAUCCGCUGCCUCUGGACUGGUUGGCCACUGGGGUCCCAGGUCAACCUUAUGAGCGAUCCUCAGACGGUACAUGCGGCGGUGGCCCUCGUCGCGCUGAGUGCAGUGCCAGCGGGAAGGGUUUUUGUGGGACCCUGACUGUAUUUAGCGGACCCUUUGGAAGCUUUGGACUCCUUGGACCCUGGGGCCUAGCCUGGACGUGACAAAAGGUAGAAAGCGCACCGGGCUGACCACGGCACGUCGUUCAAUCCAAUCCCACAGCGACCCAUCGCGACGACCGCCCCCCUGCGGUACCCUCUUUGUUUGGAAAAGGAAAAGCUGCAGCAACGACAGCAGCGACAACGGUAGGCACCAAGCGCAGCAGCUGCAGCUCCUGCAUCGCAACCCCUAGCGUCUGUAUUGCACGUCUCUACACUACCACCGUCAGUCCAUGACUGCACACAACGUCAGUGGAAAACCAGAAGCGCAGAUGUCCGACGACGGCGACAACUAUGAAGGUCGGGAGCAUAGUCAUAGUGUUUCUGGCUAUGACAGUGAAUCCAACCGCUCUGUGGACGAAAAACCAAGGUUCCCUCAGUCAAAUUUUUUCACCGCUGAAGACUUCCAAAAACUUUACGAGGACGGCAAAUUCACAAACAUGUCCUUGGUGGCGGCAUUCGAGUUGUUGGUCAACCAACCGGCGACAGACCCGAAGGCACUUUAUACUGUGGAAGCCGAGAGUCAUACGCGGGCUUUCAAUGAUGCGCUGUCCUAUCUGUACCAUUGCUAUAAGGCGGCCGGAGAUAGAGACAGGAAGAGAAGUGUUUUAGCUCUGAAACAGAGAUGGUUGGGCGCCUUUGACACGUUCUACGAAUGGUACAAAGAAGGUCAGCAGGAAGCCCUAGUGGGGGCGCGCUUUGCCAACAUCGCGGCAAAGAGUUAUGCCAACAAGCGUCGAAGGCUGGAAAAAUUCCAGACAGGCCUAACAGAGCUACCAGCAGCAAAGCGUCACAGCAAUGCUUCCUCCGUGUCGCCGCAGACGGAUGCCAGCGAUUUCAAUGCACCUGCCCUGCAAUCAUGUGAGCCUGAACCGCUGCCGACUCCAAUGCCGACGAGCUCCCAGGGUGCGAUAGGACCCGCAGUGCCAAUGGCCAUCCUGCCCACUGAAGACGUUUUGGGAGACGCUGAUUGGCUUACCAGAUACAAUAUUGUGUCUGAUGUCUCGAUUCUGAAUUUCGGUGGACUCUUUCAGCAAUAUGGCGACAAAUUUGACAAAUAUGAGGCUGAAGAGGCCAAAGUGCGCAAAGGACUCGUGAAAGCUUUCGAACGUACAAAAUUUGCUGAUCACUUAGCAACCAUAUACCCGCCUGGCAGCGGACUGUCUCCAGAUGCGGAAACUGACGAAUACACUAUCAUCACCCACGACGUUGACGAAAGAGCGACGCCAGAUCCCAAGGUUGUCGAUGAGAGGCUCCAAAAAUUAAGCGCUGCGACUGGGGACAUUGCGUCCAGAUGCAUCCACGAUAUGAUAUAUCGAAUCAAAGGCAUAUUCCUCGAUCGCUUCUAUUGGAAUUUGCUGCUCGAUCCAUCAACAUCUGAAUUCGAAUACCGCUCUUGCUUGCUAGAUCAUAUUUUCAAUGCGGCAUUUGCUGGGGAGCGGUUGCUCAAGUAUCGCAUCGAGAGGGAGAACCAAACAUUAGCUUCUGCAAGGGCUAUACAGAAUGGCCAUGAGACAGCGACUGGGGUACGCCAUGACGGUUCUCUGCUGAUUUUGUUACCACACUACGAAAUUCUGGCCGCCGUGAUUGAAGUGGUCGGUGGACCCGCCACUAAUGACGGAGCCAAAAAACGUGACGAUGCCCGCAAGAUCUUGAAAGAGCUUCAUGUCAUGGAAAAGGUUUUAACGGAACCAUCUAAGGCAAACAAACUGAUGGUGACAGGUGUUUUGAUAUACCGUGAGUAUCGCGGCGCUUGCCUUCGAGACGAACCUCGACGCAUUCCUCUCACAUUUCUGUUCAUGGCAGAGACCCACUAUUACAUUUGGGUGGGCAGAUUUGUGGAAGACAAGAUUGUUAUUCGAGAAGUGCAAAAUGGUCAGUUCCCCAGUACAGCGGAUGACUGGCAUGGAUGGGAGAAAGUCAUUACUGACGUCGUCGAGCUACGGCUACGUGCGUUAUUUCUUUCAGGGGUACUGCAACUAGCACAUACCACGAAAUCGGUUCCAACUUUCAAGAAACGUCCGGUCGUUUUGGAAGUACCCAUCACUCCAUGGAAACGAUCUUCUCGGGGUUCGUCAAUAGGAAAGAAAUCGAGGUCUAGCUCAAUAUCAUCCCGUGGAUACGACGAUUGUAGAUGAUUAUACUACGGGCAUAGGUUCGAAGGGAUGGGAUGGGAUGGAAUGGCACUGGGUUGCACACACUCUUUUCUGCAUGUGUAGAUAUUCUUUCUAUUGGUUGGCUGAUUGUAAAUAAAAAUGUUGGGUAUUCCCCCCGUAUUUGGACUCUUUCCCAUGCAUAUUUAUCAGGGUAUAACCCUAAGUUUUGAC